CGCGCUGCCCUCAUAAAGCUGUGGUGCUUCUCCAAAUCAACCUCCACAGAUUUCCAACUACCCCAAUACCUUCACAAUGUCUAUUCAACCUAUAAUCACGUUCAAGGCGGGCCAGUGUGAAGUUGAUACAUCAAGCAAGCCUUACAAGGUCACACCUUUGGCAACGAAGGGUUACAUAUAUCUCUACUCUGAGGAUGAACUCAUCCACUUCUGCUGGCGGCCACGCACAGCUCAACUCGACGAGCCAGAGCUUGAUCUUAUGAUGAUCCCAACCGAUGGCCACUUUGUCCCAUACGAAUACAAAACCUCCGAUCAGCCGACUUCCAAAACGAACGGACGCAUCUUUGUCCUCAAGUUCUCGUCCUCCUCCCAGCGCCACCUAUUCUGGCUCCAAUCACAGCCCCAACGCGCCGAUGACCCAAGCUCAUUCUCGACCCGCGAUCAGAAGAUCGGGCAAAUUGUGGACUCCCUGCUACAGGGCGAGGACGUCAAUGUUAGCAGCGAGCUGGAGAAUGUACAAAACCCGAGGGGCGGUGACGAUGAGGACGAGACCAUGGAGGAUGUAGAAGGCCAUGGCGACCCAUCAGAACACCACCGAGGAAGUGGUGGAGGCGCCGGCCCAGAUGCUACAGGUGGAGAUGUCCGUGAGGAGGGCGAGCCGUCGAGGGAAGGAGGUGCCGAGGGCGGAAGAGCUAAUGCCUCUCUUUCCUCUGCCGCAGCACCAACAGAUGCCCAAACCGCAGUCAACAACUUCCUUGCCUCGCUCCGUGGCAACAACAAUCUCGCCCAAGGAGAAGAAGGAGGAGAAGCCCAAGGCCAAGGCCCAUACACAACUCUCUCUGACCUCCUCACAACCUCCACCACCAUCCCCGUAAUCAACAAUGCCACAGAAGCGCAACUCGACAACUUCCUCUCCUACCUGCCUCCGACUGUGCUGCUCUUAGCGCAAGAGUCCUCCGCACAAAUCGACGGCAUGGUCGAGCCAACCAGCGGCACAGCACAAGCGGCUUUGGAAGCACUUAGCGUGUCCCAAAAGCGAGCGAUCCUGAAGAGAGUGCUGCAUAGCCCACAGUUCAGCCAAGGCCUUGGCAGCUUGACGAUAGCUCUGCAGCAGGGUGGCCUGCCGAGUGUGGCCGAAGCAUUGAAGAUCAAGGUUGAUAAUAAGGCAAUGUACGCACAGGGAGGAGAGGCAGUCAGGCAGUUUGUGGAGGGGAUUAAGAAGUCGGUUGUGGAGGAGGGUCAAUAGAGAUUGGGCACCAGGAGUACUAUUAUGGGCUACAGAUAAUGGGACUGCGGAUUCGAAACAAUGUGAUAACCGGACAAAGAAGAAUAGCCAUAGAACCAAGAGU